CACCGGCGCUGCUGGCGCUGCUCUGCGCAGCCGCAGGGUUUGGGGUGGUCUAUGGGGUGCCCCCCCAACCCGUGCCAGACCGGGGACACGGAGCUGAGCUGCCACGACUGGGACCCCCCCGGCACGGACAUGUGUGCCAGCUGCCAGCAGGUCAUCGCCCUCCUCAUCCGCAUGGCCAACGAGUCACCAAGGUGCCCAUGGGGACACGGGGGGGGGGCCAUAAGGUUGCCAACAGUGCCCAUGGCGGCUGCGGUGGAGGGGUUCCUGUGGCACGAGUGCGCGGCGCUGCCGGUACCCGCCAUGGUGCCGCCGUGCCAGGAGCUGGUGCACCAGUACUGGAGCCUGCUCCUCACCGACAUCGAGGGCGCCUCAAGCCCUCGGCCCGUGUGCGCCCGCCUGGAGCUGUGCCCGGGGCCGGCGGGGGGGGGCCGGCCCUGGCCCCUGCUGGGGGCGCUGCAGAACCGCCCGCAGGGGUCGCUGCCGGUGCCUCGGUGCUGGCUCUGCCGCUCGCUGGUGGCGCGCCUGGAGGCGGCGGUGCCGCGGGAGCGCGUGGCCGAGGCCGUGUCCGCGCUGUGCCGCGCGCUCCCGCUGGCGGCGGCGGGCGCGUGCCAGUGCCUGGCGCAGCGCUACGCAGCCCUCGCGCUGGAGCGCGCCCUCGCGCGCCUGGGGCCCGCGCUGCUCUGCCGCGCGCUGCUCGGCUGCCGCCAGGAGGCGCCAACGCCGCGGGAAACGCGCGCCCCCGAGGCGGGAACUGACGCGGACCUGGUCCCGGUCCCCCCCCUCCUGGAGCUGCCCCCGAAGCCGGGUCCCUGUGUCCUGGGCCCCACUUAUUGGUGCUCCAGCCCCACGGCCGCGCAGCGCUGCCAGGCCCUGCAGCACUGCCAGGAGCACGUCUGGCUCUAGGGGACACCCGGAGCCCCCCCCCGGCACCGCAAUAAAGCUUCCGCAUCGCCC